AUGAGUGCAGAAUAUAUCGCAUCACUUUACAAUGCAAGAAUACAAUUUGCUCGUUAUGUUUCAAUUCCAAUCUGGUUCAUUUGUCUUCUUAGUGAAUUAUUCAGUAUCAUUGUUUUUCUUAGUCUUAAAACUUUUCGACAAAGUUCAUGUGCAUUUUAUCUUCUCAUUAUGUCCGUAUUUAAUUUAAUUCGAUUAGUAUUCAGUACUUCAGUUGUUGUUAUUUCAAUAGCAUUUUCAAUCAAUUGGACAUCUGUUUUAAUUUAUUAUUGUCAAAUAAGAAAUCUUAUUGUUGCAACAUGUGUUAUCAGUGCCAUAACAAUGUUAUGUUUAGCAAUAAUUGAUCAAUAUUUUGCUACUUGCACACGUCAACGAUGGCAAAAAUGGUCAGAUAUUAAAUUAGCUUACCGUUUGACAAUAAUUGUUUCAAUUUUUUGGACAUCACAUGGUGUAUUAUAUAUGAUAUAUUUCCGACAAAUAUCACCAAUAAAUACAGCUGUUUGUAUUCCAAUCAAUCCGAUUUUUCUUCGAUAUCAUGUUUACGGAUAUUUCCUUACAUUGAGUAAUCUUUUUCCAUUAAUUGCUGUUAUAUUUGGCAUAAUGUCUUAUCGAAAUGCACGAACAUUAACAACACGAACACAUCCACUUAUUCGACAUGAAUUAGAUAAACAAUUGACAGUGAUGGUUCUUGUCGAAAUCUGUGUUUAUGUUUGUACUUAUUUACCUUAUUCAAUUACAAGUGGAUUUUUACAACUGAAUACAAAUCGUAAUCCUGUUGUUCUUGCUCAACUCAAUCUCAUCAAUGCUAUUACACUCACCAUUAAUAUUCUGACAAAUGGGAGUUCAUUUUACACAUACAUCUGUGUAUCAAGACGAUUUCGUCGACAAGCAAAAUAUGUUUUAUAUGAUAUUUAUAUAAAUCGAUUUCGACAAAAUCGUAUCGGACCUGAACAAAUAACCGCACAUUUCGUAACUGACAAUGCGCAUUGA